AUGUCUUUACAAAAUGUAGACGUUAACGAAAAGGAAAAAAUAGAUGAAGAUUUCAAGGCGAUUGACAAUCUAAUAAUAUGGCAAAAAUAUUUUUUGACAAUUGGAGGACUUUGGCCAUUGGAAAAAACGUACUCACGUGCUGGUGUUUGGACAGGAUAUCUAGGCCUACAUCUGACAAUGCAGUAUUCGAAACUUUUCACCCUUUUUGGUAAUUUCAAUACCCUGGUGAUAAGUGUACUUGAAUCAACCAUGCAGUCCAUGGUAUUCACGAAACUCAUUGUCUUCCGGCAUAGUAAGACGUUGUGUGAAUUGUUAGAAGCCAUGAAAGAGGAAUAUUCUGGAAAUAUGUAUGAAAAUCAUGAGGAAAAGAAAUUAUACCUGAAAUUUCAUGACUUAUCGAAGUGGUAUUAUAAACUCUCUGUCCCGUAUAUAAUGUGUGGGGCCAGUUUGUACUAUUCGAGACCUAUUCUCGUAACUCUACUUACAGGAGGCUUCGGCACCAACAAUUCUAUGACCUUUCCCUUCCAAAUUAAAUUACCAUAUACUGUACUCAGUAUGCAAACGUACGCCAUGACAUACGCCUACUUGUCACCAAUGAUCUACUUGUUGGCAUGUCAAAAUGCUUGGAUCUGUCUUCUCAUUACUAUACAACUCCACAUCUGCGGACAAUUGUCAAUCGUGGAGCACAGAAUAAGGACUAUGGCCUCCGAGAAUGACAACCAGGGGAGCAAUACGAUUUUCAAAUCGGUGAUCGACUUACACACGAGGUCAAUCUGGAUGGCCAAAUCGUUUGAUGACAGCUUCAGUUUCGUUUUACUAGUGGAUCUCGUCGUUAUGACUCUCAUGUUGGGCUUAAUGUCAUAUAUUAUCAUUAUCGGAGAAGAAGUCGAUGAGGGCGCGAUUGGUCCUGUGUACGUUUUUUGUGGCCUUGCAACGCUUGCCUUGAUCUACGGUUAUUGCAUCGUGGGAGAGGCUCUUAUAAACGAGAGCAGUAAGAUCCAUACGGCCUGCACUGAAUGUAUGUGGUAUGAGGCAUCACCGAGUUUCAAAAAGGGAGUGAUGAUUUGCUUGCUGGAGUCUCAAGAACCACUUCGCAUGACAGCUGGGAAAUUCUUUGUCUUCUCAUUACCUGGUUUUACAAAUGUGAUCAAAACUGCAAUGGGAUAUCUCUCCAUGCUCAGGAAAGUUACACAGUAAAUUUAUUAUGACAUUAUAAAUAAUGAUAAAGUGUAUUCUAUCGACAUAUUCGUUCACGAUUGUCUUGUUCUCGAGGUUAUCAAUAAUGAUAAG